AAUGACAUUUGGUUUAUUGGUGAUUUUUUCUUGCAUUAUUGUACAAAAAUGCAAAAGUCAUGAAACAAGAGGAUAUGGAGGAGAUGGUCCUCCGGUGCAAUGUAAUAAAAUUGAAUGUCCGGCAUUUACUAUUAUUCACAGUGAAAAGGAAUUUGAAAUAAGAAAUUACAGUCAAGCUUUAUGGGUAACAGCUCCGAGCGUCGUACAAUACUCAAUCAUGGGUGGUAUUGGAAUAGGUGAAAAAAUUUUGUGGGAUUACUUCUAUCGCAAGAAUGAGCGAAACGAGAAUAUUAUCAAUGCAGGCCCACUGUUGAUGAUGGAUGUCGUGAAUUCAACUUAUAAAGUUUAUUUGUAUGUGCCUAACAAGUAUCAGAAUGGUGGUCUUCCUAAACCUUUAAUACAAGACGUGGAACAAGUGAAACUGCCUAAAUAUAAAUAUGCCGCGGUUAGGAGGAUUGAUGGUGAGAUUACGCAGGAAAUUGUAUUAGCGCAAGUUGAUUUACUCAAAAAACAAUUGAAAGAUACUACUACUUACAAACGGGCAGCAGAUAAUGAUCAAUUUACAUAUAUUAUGUAUGAUCGAAGAAGUUGGGUAGAAGGAUAUGAAAUCCUUAUCUGGUUUAACUAG